GUGGCGGGAGCGGGCCCGGCGGGGCCCGGCCAGGCCGCCAUGUAUGCGGGGCUGCAGGAGCUGGGGGUGGCCAACGGCGAGGACCUGAAGGAGACGCUGACCAACUGCACGGAGCCGCUGAAGGCCAUCGAGCAGUUCCAGACAGAAAAUGGAGUGCUCCUGCCCUCGCUGCAGUCGGCCCUGCCCUUCCUGGACCUGCACGGCACCCCCCGGCUGGAGUUCCACCAGUCGGUUUUCGACGAGCUGAGGGAGAAGCUGCUGGAGAGGGUCUCUGCCAUCGCUUUGGAAGGGAAAGUUGAGGAGAGAUACAAGAAGCUGGAAGAUCUCCUAGAGAAGAGCUUUUCCCUGGUCAAGAUGCCUUCCAUACAGCCUGUGGUAAUGUGUGUCAUGAAGCACUUGCCCAAGGUCCCUGAAAAGAAGCUGAAGUUAGUAAUGGCUGAUAAGGAUUUAUAUAAAGCAUGUGCAGUGGAGGUGAAGCGCCAGAUUUGGCAGGAUAACCAGGCUCUGUUUGGUGAUGAGGUAUCUCCACUGCUGAAGCAAUAUAUCCUGGAGAAAGAAAAUACUCUCUUCAGCAAUGAUAUUUCUGUCUUGCACAAUUUCUUCAGUCCGUCUCCCAAAACAAGACGUCAAGGAGAGGUGGUUCAGAAGCUGACCCAGAUGAUUGGGAAGAAUGUGAAGCUCUAUGAUAUGGUGUUGCAGUUUCUGAGAACCUUGUUCCUUCGGACAAGGAAUGUUCAUUACUGCACGCUUCGGGCAGAGCUCCUGAUGUCGCUGCAUGACCUGGAAAUCAGUGAAAUCUGCACCGUUGACCCCUGUCAUAAGUUCACCUGGUGCCUUGAUGCUUGCAUUCGGGAGAAGUUUGUGGACAACAAGAGAGCUCGGGAAUUGCAAGGGUUUCUGGAUGGAGUGAAGAAAGGACAAGAACAAGUGUUGGGGGACUUAUCAAUGAUCUUGUGUGAUCCCUUUGCCAUUAACACCUUAGCCUUGAGUACCAUAAGGCACCUGCAAGACCUGGUUGGGCAGGACACCUUACCCAGGGAAAGCCCAGAUCUGCUGCUGCUCCUUAGGAUGCUGUCUUUGGGACAGGGGGCCUGGGACAUGAUCGACAGUCAAGUCUUCAAGGAACCAAAAAUGGAAGCUGAGUUGAUCACGAAGUUCUUACCUAUGCUGAUGUCUUUUGUGGUGGAUGACCACACAUACAAUGUGGAUCAGAAACUGCCCUCAGAGGAGAAGGGGCCAAUUCCCUACCCCAGCACCAUUCCUGAAGCUUUCACCAAAUUCUUGCAGGAGAACAGAAUAGCUUGUGAGAUUGGGCUGUAUUACAUCCUUCACAUCACUAAACAGAGGAACAAGAAUGCUUUCCUUAGGCUCCUGCCAGCACUAGUUGAGACAUUCAGUGACUUGGCCUUCAGUGAUAUUUUUCUGCAUCUGCUUACUGGUAACCUCACACUGCUGGGUGAUGAAUUUGCACUCGAGGAGUUCUGCACCAGUCUCUUUGAUGGCUUCUUUCUCACUGCCUGCUCAAGAAAGGAGAACGUACACAGACAUGUGCUAAGACUGUUGCUUCAUCUGCAUCACAAAGUGGCGCCUGCCAAAUUAGAGUCUCUCCAGAAGGCUUUGGAACCCACCAAGCAGAGUGGGGAAGCUGUGAAGGAGCUUUAUAACCAACUCACUGAGAAACUGGAGCUUCGCAAGCCAAGUCCAGCUGAAGUGACUGAGACUCCCUCCAUGGAACUGCCCUUGCCUACUGUGCCCACACCAGCCUCGCGCUGAGCUAUGUCUGUAGUGCAAGAGUCAGACAGGAGAAGAACUAACCUAGUGCUCUGCAGCGUGAAGGCACUGUACUGCCUUUCAAGUGUCUCUGCCUACAGGGUGGAAACAAAAAAAAAAAGCCACUGAAGCUCUUUCAGGAAACACUGCAGUUUACCCAACUCACUGGCUCUUGCUGGUUAGAAAACUCUGCAGUGCAUUGCAAAGGUUUACUUUUCUUAAAGAUAGCUGAGUGUCUUGUAGAUCCACUUAAAAUUUGACUGUACAUUUUUUUUCAAAAAGAAAAUGCAUAUUUUUAAGCUUGGCAUCUUGUAUUUUUAAACUCUACCUUAAGAACUGAUCAAUGAGUGUGUAACUCCGUUGUGGUUGAGCAGAUAGCGUGAACUCCUGAAGGCUAACCAUUGCUUUCUUUGGCUGCUAGUUUGGGUCUUUGGAGAUGAUGCUAAAGAGAAGGAAGUGUCAGAGGAGAUAAGCUCCACUGAUACAAUUUCCCAUUUGAGGUUCUUGCUCUUUUGGUAUGUGGUAAGACGUGCUGCAUUAGUCAGAGAUGUCCACCACUGUCACUAGACCAAGAAGCAGUCAACAGCCAUCUUCUCAGCUAAGCUCAUACAAAGAAGGCCAGAAAUUGAAUCAUUCUCUCCCCUUUUCUCUGCACUUUUCUCCAAAGGAGUAGCUUGAAAUGAGUCCUGGAGCCAGUGCAAAAAACCAAGACUAGCGUAUUCCCCAAUGACAAUAGGGUUUGAGUGUAGGUGGAGUGAAAUUCUGUCUUUGAAAAAAUAGCCUGUUCUUCAUGGCUUAUUUGUGUCACUGUCUGUACUAUUACAGUUAAUUCCUGUUCUGCUUUUAUUGCCGCCUCAGUGUAAGCCUCAGGUAGAGUGUGCAGGAAGAUGGGCAUGGGAGAAGAAUGAGUUGUGUGAGUUUACAACGGACUACACUGAUUUCAGCAGGUACAAUAUGCCUGAAAACAAUCUUGCCGGUCCCCUGUAAGCAGAGAGCUGCCUACAUGAAUUAGUCCAAAUCUCAGAGUAAUUUGGGUAGGAAGGCACCUCUGAGGGUCUGUGGUCCACCCCCUGGCUCAGAGCAGGACCAGCCUAGGUGAGGUUGCUCAAGAGCAGGACUUUGUAUCUACCGUUGUUGAGUUUCAUAAGGUUUCUGUCAGGCCAUUUCUCCAGCCUGUUGAGGGGGGCCCUCUGAACAGCAGCCUUGCCCAGUGUGGCAGCCAUGCCUACAACUUGGUACCAUUUGCAAACUUGCUGAGGGUGUGUUCUGUCUUCAGGUUGUAAAUAGAGGUAUUAAACAGUACUAGCCCCAUUAAUGACCCCUGAGGAAUGCCAUGAGUAACGGGCUGCCAGUUGGACUUUGUGCUGUUGAUCACAACCCUCUGAGCCUGGUGUCCCGCCAGUUUUCCAUGCAGCUAUCUGAACUGUAUCAAAAUGAUUUGGCUAUAUGGAUUCUUCAGACAGUUGUGCCAAAAGCUGUUUAAAAUCAAGGUAAGCUACCCACUGCACUCCCCGCAUCCACCAAGCCGGGCAUCUCUUCGUAGAAGGUUAUUAGGUUUGUCAGGUGCAAUUAACCCUUGGAAUUUACCCAUCCAUGCUGGCCAUGCCCUGUCACUUUCUUGUCUGUCAUGUUUCUGGAUAUGAUGGUUUGGGGUUUUUUUCCCCAUCAAGCCUUGUCUCCUGGGACUUGAGCACUCCCAGCACCAAGUCAUACUGAUGAGACUUUAUUGUUUCCUAAAGUUGUGUCCAAAACAAAAAAAA